UAACAUAUAGUCAUAUACUACAAUAUAUAUCUCCUAUGGCUCUCAACUUUCAUUCCGGGUUGGUUGUUCUUGCAGCCCUUUUCCUAUUGGGGGCUUGGGAAUCUCUAGUCACUGCUCGUACCUUGGAAGAAACUUCCUUAUUCUUGCGCCAUGAGAGUUGGAUGGCUCGCCAUGGGCGUACAUACAAAACUGAAGCCGAGAAGGCAAAACGGUUCAGAAUUUUCAAAGAAAACUUGGAGUUUAUUGAAAAAUUCAACAAGGUUGCCAACCGGUCUUACAAACUUGGUGUUAACAAGUUUACUGAUCUAACUAAGGAGGAGUUCCGGGCCACCUUGCUUAACGAAGAGAAGUCAAUCCCACGCCCAAAGCCUUCAAAACCAGCUUCCUUUCUGAAUGAAAGUUUGGCUCAAGCUCCAGACUCUUUGGACUGGAGAGAGAGGGGUGCUGUGACGGGUAUCAAAGACCAAGGCAACUGCGGUUGUUGCUGGGCGUUUGCGGUGGUGGCGGCGGUGGAAGGAAUAACCAAAAUCCGAACCGGCAAACUAAUCUCCUUAUCCGAACAGCAACUCCUCGACUGCGACCUCAACAGCGACGGCUGCGGCGGCGGGAUCCGAACGGAGGCCUUCCAAUUCGUAAAAGACAACGGCGGCCUCGUGACGGAGUCCGACUACCCCUACGAGGGCGCUCAGGAGAGCUGCAACGCCCAAAACCUCGGCACCCCGGCAGCCACCAUUUCCGGCUACCAAGAAGUUGAACCCAGCGAAUCCGCUCUCCUCGCGGCCGUCACGAACCAGCCUGUCUCCGCCGGAAUCUCGCUCGACGGGGGACUGUUCCACCACUACAGCAGCGGCGUUUUCACCGGCGAUAACGGCGAUUGCGGCUCUGGGUCCCGCCACGCCAUCACGAUCGUCGGGUACGGGACGAGCGAUGAGGGGAAAGAUUAUUGGUUGGUGAAGAAUUCGUGGGGGACCGAUUGGGGUGAGAAUGGGUAUAUGAGGAUGGCUAGAGGGAUUAAUAGUGAUGGAGUUUGUGGGGUUAACACUAGGGCUUCUUAUCCCACUGCUUAAAUCUUACUAAGACAAAAUUAUAAGACAUAAAAUGCGACUUAGAUUUUGUUUUUGGUUUUCUUAAUAUGCAUAAGAUGAAUAUAUUGUGAAAGACAUGAAAUUUAUCAUUUAGUUACAUAGUGGUUUGGAAUUGUAAACUUAUGAUGAUGUAUAAAUGAAUUUCACAUAUAUUUUUAAAGUAUAAUUACCUUGCUUUU